AUGGAACCCGCCCGGCCUUCGGUACCCCCAACUGAGCCCUGUCACACCCCUUCAGGCAGGACCACAACUCCCUCCAACAUGGUAAGGCCUGACCGCCACCGCCACCAAUUCAAGGUUAUCUCCGCCAAUGUACGUGGUCUCCAAAUGAACAUCGGAGACCUAACCCACAACUGUGUACUACGACACGAUGCAGGUGCAGUUGUGGUGACGGAGACCUGGCUGAACGGAGAGGUGGAGCCAUCCUUCGGCAAAAUAGGUGGCUACACUCACUGGGCCAGGAGAGACCGACGGAAUAGAGCUGGAGGUGGAGUGGCUGUCUGCUUCAGGGAGGGAGUGCAGGCACAACAACUCGACGUGGACACGCCGCCGCAGCUGGAGGUGAUGUUCUUCCGGGUUGUGCUGGCCAACCACUCUGCCCUCCUGCUCUGCGCCAUGUACCGCCCCCCCCGACAAGGGCCUGACUCGCUCAUGUACCUCAAGGAGGCCCUAGAUGUCCUCCUUGUGACUCACCGCUGCCAACACUUUUUGCUUGUGGGCGACCUCAACCACCACGUGGAGCACGACGCCUACGAAAACCUCCUGACGGUGCAGGGCCUGAAGGACCAUGUGACCUUCCCCACUCAUGAGCGGGGCGGGACCCUGGACCCCGUCAUAUCCGACCUGGAGGAGGACACACUCAGCUGCCACCAGCUGGGUCUCGUGGGCAGCUCUAACCACCAUGCUGUCCUGACCCAGGUGGACAUGGGUGUGGCUCGUGACGAGGCCACCACUCGCACAGUCUGGCUAUGGGAUAGGGCAGACUGGGGCUCCCUUUGCCGAGACCUGCGCAGGACUGACUGGCCUUCCAUCCUGCAAGGUGGAGCGGAGGUACAGGCGCGAGCCUUCACUUCCCACCUCUUGGCGCUCCAGGAACAACAUGUGCCCCACCGUGAGUUCGUCGCCAGACCAACGGACCAGCCUUGGUUUGGCUACCGCUGCCGCGUUGCCGCCGAGGCGAAGUAUUCUGCGUGGCUCCGCUACAAGCAGAAUCCUACUCGGCGCAACAAAGACCUACAUCGUGCGGCCUGCAAGAGGAUGGUGACGACCUGCCAGUGGGCUAUAGGGAGGUGGGAGGAGGACCUGCGGCGCCAGCUAGGAGGCCCUGGAGUGGGCAACAAGACUUGGUGGUCCCUUGUUAAGGGCAGACAGGGCCUAAACCAUCAAGACACUGUCCCUCCUCUCACAAGGCCCGACGGAAUGGUGGCCACCAGCAGCAAGGACAAAGCCCAGCUGCUGGCCACCCUUUACGCCGGGAAGAUGGAGGUGGACGACCCUGAAAGGUCACCGCCUCUUCUAGAGCAGCAGUGCAGAGAGACUGUAACCAAGGUGGCGGUGACGCAGGGGCUUGUCGAGCGUCUGCUGCAGGGGCUCGAUGUACAAAAAGCUACCGGUCCCGACAACAUCAGCCCGCACGUUUUGAAACAAUGUGCCCGUGAGCUGGCUGUACCCCUCACCACUGUCUUCUCUGCCUGCUUACGGGAAAAUACCUGGCCCUUAGUGUGGAAAGAGGCCCGGGUAGUUCCCGUACACAAGAGGAGCUCCAGGUCUGACCCAAAAAAUUAUCGACCCAUCUCCCUGCUCUCUGUGGUGGGGAAAGUGUUUGAGAGGGUGGUGGCAGAUGUGGACGCCCUUGACGGCGGCCUCGACUCUGUUGUGGUGGCCCUGGAUAUAGUGGGCGCCUUCGACAGGGUCUGGCAUGGGGACCUUCUAGAAAAGCUGAGGGCAAAGGGGAUCCAGGGUGACCUCCUUCAGCUCCUUGGCGACUACCUCCAAGGAAGGACCCUCCAGGUCGUUGUCAAUGGGCAAGCGUCCGAGUCCCUCCCGGUGAGAGCGUCAGUGCCACAGGGCUCAGUGCUGGGGCCAGUCCUGUGGAACAUCUACGUGGACGAUCUUCUCUGA